AUGAGUCAGGGUCGAUCCUCCGAAAUGUCGCACAUCGUGGAAUUCAAUAACCACAUCCAAUCAUACUUUAUCAGCAGUACUUAUGGCAACGAAACGCUCGUAAAUCGGUGCUUAGAGCAAUUGGCAGCCACAAACACCGAACACAAAACUUUCGAUGUGUCCGUGUACGAGUGUAACAUUUUCUUCGUCAACCUACACAAACUCUUGAGCCAUAGCAUGAAGAAAACGAAUCUGCUCUGGUCGGUUGUAGCGGUCCUAGAGGUUGCCGUUACUGACGAUGAGACGCGAAUUGCGCUGGUCGAAAAGUUCCGCUUUCUGCCGGUCAUUUCGCUUCUCCUGCCGGAAGUACAUACACCGGAGCAGCAGAAGCGUGUCCUUUCCCUGCUACAUCACCUUUCUUAUGGUGCGUCCGUCGAUGGACAGGAAAUGUUUAUCGAGCGGCUAAUCCAGAAGCUUCUGAACAUUAUCGAACAAAACCACGAAAAGAAAGAGCGCUGCGAUAUGGCACAGCUUGCACUGUCUAUACUGGUGAACGUUUGCCACCGGGACCUCUCGACGACGUUUCUGCUGACGAGAAACACAAACAUAUCGGCCUUUUGUAAACAGAUUAAAAAGUUCGGUCUGCUCGCGUGCAAGAUGUACAUCAUACUGGAGCAGAACGAUUACAUCAAGGAGAUCGAUUUGCACUACCUGCUGCGUAUGAGCUUCGAAGAAGUUCGAUUAAUGCUUGCAUCGAAGAAUAGUUUCAGCCUGCGGCAUGUUGUGGAUUUUCUGCGCUACGUACGCACGCUGAGCGGUUCGCAGGAAGGGGAGCCGGCCAAAGCAGCCGUAAUGGACGAAUACUUUCAGCGUGAUUUGAAAGAGUUUUUGCUUGAAAUUGAAAAGUAUUGGGCAAAUCGUACACCAUCGCCGGAGGGUGAGCCUGCCGGAAGGAAGAAAAAGACAAAGCAAAAGGUCGAGUUGAGAAAGGACCGUACGAGCGAUGGAUUGUUUGAGAUAUUGGAAUGUAUUGUGCUGCUCAAACCGGACGAUCAGGAAUUGUGCAGGAAAAUUUGUGAAUUUGGCCCAAUCAAGCUGAUCAACAACGCACGGGAUGAUUGCUCAAAAGCGGUUGAUUUGUUGCGCACGAUACUGGAAAAGAAUCCGACCGAUACUGGAUUCGCCGAGGAGUGUAAGACGGUGCUCACCACCCUAAUGACCACGAUUACGAACAAUGACGAUGUACGACUUGCAAUUGCAUUCGCAAAACUGUUAACAACAAUCGGAAAAGCGCUGAAUACGGUGGACGAACCAAUGAACGAAGUAGCGGAAAAAUUCUUCCAACAUCUUUUCGGGAACGUUUUGAGCAAUACGAGAGAUUUCGGCACGUUCGAUUAUUCGCUUGCGGAUGGGCAUGUUCGGGUGUAUCUGUGGGCACUAUAUGCGUUUAAUGAGCUAGCCAACCUUUGCCCUACACACUGGUACGCUAAGCUUACGAACCUGCUCAAGCAGAAACCGAUCCAGUUUCUCGUUGCAAAGGGUUUAACUGGUGGAGCUGAUGUGGAAUUGCUGGAAGCGUUACUACAGGUGACUGCUACGACCGACUUUCCCAAGCAAGAUGUGGCCCGUAUGAUCGACAUGUUAAAAAGCAAUCUACCAGCAUUUGGUGGAAACCCUCCUCGGACUCCAUUUACACCGCUAAACGGCAAUACGGUCCAUACGCAAAUCCAACCAACGGGAUACACCUUUAUCCGUACGCUCAGUAGAGACUUGCAGGAGCGGAUUGACCAAGCCGUGGUACACAUACAGGAUGCUAAAGCUGCUGGGUUGAUAAAUGAAAUUGAAAAGUCCGAGCUGGUUGAGUUCUACACGUACAAGAUAAACAUGCAGACGAGCUUGAUGAACGAUUUAAGAAGCAGUUUAGAGGCGACAACAUCACAGAUAACGACCCUGACGCACCAAAAUCAACUGCUGAUGGCGGAGAUUGACAAGAAUCAGAAGAAAAGUCUUCCACUGCUGUUGAAAGAGUCCGCACUAGAAAACGAGAAUCGUCUUCUUGAGCUGGAGCUGGUGCAGAUGCGAUCGGCAGCCGCAACGUACGAUAAGAAAACGAGCCAGAUGAAGCAGGAGCUGGCGGAGUACAUUAAAAAGUACGGUGAAAAGAGUCAAAAAUGUGCAGCACUUGUUAAAGAGAUCGAACAUUUGCGUACCCGAGACGAUAACUACGAAAAGGAAAACAAGCGUCUUCAGCUAGAGCUGGCAGCUAUGACUAAAAAUCGAGAUGAUGCACGCAAGCUGCUGAAGCUCGGCGAAGAAGACCGCCAGAAGCUUACCGAACAGCGAGAAGCGGAACGCAAGCAGUACGAGUGUAAAAUACGUGAACGGGAGCGCGACAUUUCGAAGCGUAACGAUCUUAUCCAGCAGCUGGAGCAAACGCUCGUACAGCGUGACAGUACAAUCGAAACGCUCGAGUCAGAUGGUAAAGAUCUGAGGGAGAAACUAAAAGAUCGGGAAGAUCGUAUUGCACAGGUUGAGGCAGAGUUGAAGGAGAGCGAAAAGAUACAACAAACGAUCCGUAGUUUAUUUGACAAGAAGCAAAGCAAAUAG